CGUCCAUCUACAAAGUUCAAAACGCGCUGUGAUGUUUUAUGGUAAUGCUGUCACGUGUCACGCAACAACAGUUGACAUAUCAGACGUUAAUGGGAAAGAUUUUAUGGUUAUAAAAGAAAGUAUACAAUUAAUUAAAAAAUGAAUGAUCUUAAAGAAGAUUCUGAUAAUGAUGUCCUAAAACAUGUCAAGGAUGCUGUAUUGGUACAUAGUUCUCAACUGCCAGCUGGAACACCUACAGUAAAAGGAUAUGACUGGAACAAGGGAAUAGAUUAUCAUGCUCUCUUGCAAACAUAUAAAUAUUCUGGAUUCCAAGCAAGGAAUUUUGGUUUAGCAGUAGAUGAAAUUCAAAAAAUGAUAAAUGCUCGAAAUAUUCCUCUCGAUGAUGAUCAAAUUGACAUACUAGAAAAUGAUGAAUUCAUUAGAAGAAAGUCUUCAUGUACAAUAUUUUUGGGAUACACAUCUAAUAUGGCCUCUUGUGGAGUUCGAGAGACUAUAAGGUUUCUUGUACAACAUAAAAUGGUGGAUUGUAUUGUUACUACAGCAGGUGGUGUAGAGGAAGAUUUGAUAAAAUGUUUAGCACCAACAUACAUUGGAGAUUUUCAUUUAGAUGGAAAACGUCUACGAGGGCUUGGAAUGAAUAGAAUAGGAAACUUAUUAGUACCUAACAAUAAUUACUGCUUGUUUGAAGAUUGGGUAAUACCUAAAUUAGAUGCAAUGUUGGCAGAGCAAAAAGAAAAGGGUACCCUAUGGACACCAUCUAAAGUAAUAGCUAGGUUAGGCGAAGAAAUUAAUAAUGAGAAUUCAAUUUAUUACUGGGCUGCAAAAAAUAAAAUUCCAGUUUUUAGUCCAGCUCUAACUGAUGGCAGUCUCGGUGACAUGAUGUAUUUCCAUUCAUUUAAAAACCCAGGACUUGUCAUAGACAUACUAUCAGAUCUCAGACGUUUGAAUACAAUGGCAAUGAAAGCAGUAAAGAGUGGAAUGAUUAUUGUAGGAGGUGGUGUUAUAAAACAUCAUAUUUGUAAUGCAAAUUUAAUGAGGAAUGGUGCUGACUAUGCCGUAUUUAUAAAUACGUCUUCGGAGUUUGAUGGAAGCGAUAGCGGUGCACGUCCGGAUGAAGCCGUUUCGUGGGGCAAAAUUCGCGUAGAUGCGAAACCAGUGAAAAUUUAUGCAGAAGCAACUCUGGUGUUUCCACUACUUGUAGGCGAAACAUUUGCUCGACAUUAUCAUUCCUCAAAAGAAAAAACUGUAUCGGAUGUUUAGAAAAAAAUAAAUAAAAAUAUUUAAUUUAUAAUAAACGCAAUAUAUUAAGACCUUA